AUGAAAGUGGUGAUCACUGGUGGUUUCGGCUUUCUGGGCUUGCACGUGUGCAAACGACUCUUGGCCAUUGGAGAGCUUGCGGAUGCGGAGGACCAAAGCCAGGAAGUCUCGCAGAUCAUCCUCUUUGAUCAAGGCACUCCAAAGGGGAUUCCGGAAGACCCCCGGGUGCAGCUGCGGGUGGGCGACAUCGCCGAUCCGGCGCAAGGGCAGCAGCUGGUCGACGAGGAUGGCAUGGUGAUCUUCCACUUGGCCUCAGUGAUGAGCGGCCAAGGGCGUGGCUGCAAGUUCAUCUUCGCCUCCUCGGGCGCCUGCUUCGGGGAGCGGCCACCAGGGCCGGAGACGGACGGCACCAAGCUCUUGCCGGAGACCAGCUAUGGAAAGUUGUUUUUGCUUCUUGGCUUGCCCACCCAACUUCUAUCGCUACAAGCGCUACCGCCCUUCCCCACCUUGACCUUGCCGCUGCGGAGAAACGGGCAUGGCUUGCCAAACAGAGAGCCCAAUAGUGGUUUGCCAGCAGCAUUCUCCGAUGUCCUUCGAGAACCCUUGUGGAAGCGCGACUGCAUCCUGCCUUUGCCACCAGACUUGCGUCAUGCAGUCUGCGGCUAUCGGGUGCUUGUAAGGAAUCUCAUUCACUUGGCCAAUCUGCCAGCUGCAGCCUUUGAGUCUUCGGAUCGCUGCAUGAAUCUGCCGUGUUUAUCGGUGACCCUGCACGAUUUGCACGAGGCCUUGAAACGCAUCGUGGACCCUUCCAAGCUGGGACAAGUGAGCUAUGCCCCCGACGAGGCGCUGGCGGCGAAGCUGAGAACCUUCCAUCACGACAUGGACGCCGAGCGCGCACGGCGCCUGGGCAUGGUGGGAGACAGUUCUGCUGCGGCCAUUGCCGCCGAUUUUGCGGCGGAAUAUGUGGAUGAGGCGUUGCUGAAGCCCGUCAUGGAAAUCUUCGAGGAACCGAGGCACUGGCGGACCUUCGGCAAUGAGUAUGUGAACGUCUACCGCGUCGAAAAUGCUCCCGGCGAUACCACGUUGAUGCAUAUCCAUCGUGUGGACAGCCUGUACUUUUUCUUCUCAUGCUCCCAAGUGCAAGGGACCAAAUGGAAGGAGGAGCCCAAGGAUGAUACUCUGGAAGAUGGAGAAGUCAGAUACGGCGACCACGGCAACUGCACGUUGACACAUCGGAUACACAACAAAUGCCGGCCAGUGAUGAUGUGCUUGGAUGUAGAGUUUGUGCCCUUCGGAGCGGAUGCCGCGGCGGGUGCCGCGGCGGGUGCCGCGCCUGCGGCGAAGCGAGCCAAGACGGAGGUGCCCGGGCUGAAGCUCAUCAAGGAGCGCCCUGCCUGCCGAGUUUAUACCUUGGAAGUGGCGCCCGGUGCCACCGCUUCCGUGGCCGUGCCUUUCGCUCGAACGCUGCUGGUGGUCCACAGGGGCGCCCGAGUGCAAGGUCUAGGCGUCGUGGGCUUGGUGAAGCCGGGCGACGUCUUCUUUCGCGAAGGGCCUGAGGAGUUGAAGCUGGACGU